UAAUUGAUGAUAACGCCAUCCAGUGCUAGGUAAAGUAUUAACAUCUUGUUUUUGUUUUUUCCCUAUUUCUGAGCUUUUUUGAUGAUCGUGAUCAAUUUUAACCUGUUAUUAUAAUUAAACACUAUGGAACUACAAGAUAUUUAUUAUAAUUCCUCUGAUUAUAUUGAAACUGCUUCUGGAAAUAAGGUUUGUCGGAAAUCAGUUCUAUGUGGCUCUCAGAAUAUUAUGUUACAUGGAAAGACAAUUAUCCAAUCUGAUUGUAUUAUAAGAGGUGACCUGGCCAAUGUAAAGAUUGGCAGACAUUGUGUUGUCAGCAGCCGAGCCGUGAUACGACCUCCAUUCAAAAAAUUUUUAAAAGGGGUCGCUUUUUUACCAUUAACUAUCGGAGACAAUGUUUUUAUCGGAGAAGGUAGUAUAGUUAAUGCCGCAUCCAUUGGAUCAUAUGUUUACAUUGGUAAAAAUUGUGUAAUAGGUCGUCACUGUGUUCUUAAAGAUUGCUGUGCAUUAGCUGAUAACACUUUUCUUCCUCAAGGAACAGUUGUACCAGCCUUUUCGAUAUUCUCUGGUAAUCCUGGAAGAUUUAUCGGUGAAUUACCAGAAUGCACGCAAACAGUGAUGAUGGAACAUACCAAAAGCUAUUAUCAACAUUUCAAACCUAAGAUGCUGAAAAGUUAACUGUGUAAAUAAACCAUAUUUAAUAUUUCUAAAGAAAAAACAUUGGGUAAUACA